GUGUCGUGGCGUUUAGGGUGCUUGAGUGUCCGUACCAACUGUCACAGCGAGAGCCGCGGCUUCAGCCCCAGCUGUCCACAAACCGAGAGCAGGUUGUAGUCCGCGAACAGCGAAGCGAAGGGAAAAAAAAAGUAGUUGUUGAGGAAGGGAAACAGGUCAGCUACUGCGGGUGCUGCUGCUGCUGGGGAGGGAUAUUUCAGGUGCACUUUAUUAGCAGACUUUGAUAGGUCGUUUGCUCCGCGUAUUACCGGACGGAAGAUACCAGAAGUAGAAAGGGAACCGAGUUGGACGUUUCCUUUCUUCCGCAAAAAAAGAGAUGGCAUCAACUGAGUCGCGGCUCCAGCAGCAGCCCUCGCAGAAGGAUGCAGCCGACCAGAACUUUGACUACAUGUUCAAGCUGCUGAUCAUUGGCAACAGCAGCGUGGGGAAAACUUCCUUCUUGUUCCGCUAUGCCGACGACUCCUUCACCUCCGCUUUCGUCAGCACCGUGGGCAUUGACUUCAAGGUCAAGACUGUCUUCCGCAAUGACAAGAGGAUCAAGUUGCAAAUCUGGGACACGGCAGGGCAAGAACGCUAUCGCACCAUCACCACAGCCUACUACAGAGGAGCCAUGGGCUUCCUGCUCAUGUAUGAUAUCACUAACCAUGACUCCUUCAACGCAGUUCAGGACUGGGCAACACAAAUCAAGACAUACUCGUGGGACAAUGCUCAGGUAAUCCUGGUUGGUAACAAGUGUGACCUGGAGGAUGACAGGCUUAUACCCACAGAGGAUGGCCAGCGACUGGCUGAGGAGCUAGGUAAAAGCUGUUUUCAGUUCUUUGAGGCCAGUGCCAAGGACAACAUCAACGUCAAGCAGGUGUUUGAACGUCUAGUGGAUGUUAUCUGUGAGAAGAUGAACGAGAGCAUGGAAGGAGACGCCAACCUCAUAGCCAACCACAGCAACCAGGGCCUUAAAGACUCACCUUCAGAGAGCCACGGGGGCUGUGCUUGCUAAACCAUCUGCCUUCUUAGUCUCCCAACACACACACACACACACACACUGAAGAAUAACUUGUCUGUGCCUCAACCAUGAAAAGUGCCGCACCUCCCCUUUCACUUGAGCCAUACCGAGCUCUGCCCCAUCCACACAGCACAGAUAAUCUUCAGCACAUCCUCCUCCUCCUCCUCAGACCUGUCUUUCCUUCGAAGAGACCCACUCUGUCGCUUUCUUUCUCUUAAGGGAGACUUUAAGCCUGCAGACUUUAAGCCGCCACAUACACCUCUUUGACUGCUGUAGCCCCAUUAACUACCACGUGAAAUCUAGUGAAACAUUUAUUCAGUGCAUUCAGUUUUCUUAGACAAAUAUUUUUAUAUACAGCAACAAGCUAGCUAUCAGUUUAUCUUGAAAAUUUUGAUUUGAUCGAUGAACUGUUUAAAUGUGUUAUACUGUAGAAACCAGUAAUGUCAUGUUCCAAUAGGACUUCUCUUUGGUCUAAUAUUUAUUAAGGUCUUGAUUUCUGAUGGAUUUUAGCAGGUCCAAGACGUUUUGUGCUUGAUGAGUCUUGUCCAGGAUGCUCUAGGGACUGAUUAAAGGGAGGAAACAUGAAUGAGUCUUGCACAGCGUGCUGAAAGUUUUCAGCAUUGCCAACCCUCAAGGGCAAGUUUGACAAGAACUUUGCUUUCUUGUCAGGAGUAAAAAAAAAAGUACCACUGCUGCAUAUGGUAAAUAAAGCUACUGCCUAGAGCUGGUUAACUUAGCCAAGUAUAAAGACAUUGAUAUACUAAACUUCAUAUUCAAAACAUGCUGAUUUUUCCCCCACUCAGAAUAUAGUAAAUCAGCUGCAGUAGAAGCGUAAUAACUACUGUACAAACACGUGUGACCAGUCUAGAGCUUCCCUUCACCUCUUCUUCUUGCUGUUUACUAAAUGUCAGGUCUGCCACACAGUGUGAUGUACUAGUGUCAGCAAGCCCCUCAUGUGACAUGUCCUCAGUCACCCCAUUGUGCCACUCUUUUCUUUAACGCCUUCUGUCUCACACACACAAACACACACACAUACUGCUCCCUUAACUGUAGCAUGGCACUGUGUUUAGUAGGUGAGCAGUUACAAUGUGUUGAAUUAUCUUUUUUUCCCUUUGUUUGUUACUGACACGACUGUUUUCAAGAAGUGCAGCACAUUACGUGUGUUUGUGCCCAGAAAGGGGGACAACCACUGAUCUGUGAGGACGAUAAGUCCGGACACCAACCGUGCUGUUGCAACUAUCAGGAUGAACAGUGAGCCGGUGCAGAGCAUCACUUUAUUCCCCGUUACUGUUAUAAAUCAAUGUGAAUAAAAUGCAGUUUUAGAAUGACUCCACAUAAUUGUAUUUUAUACAUCUUGUUUUGUUCCUGCUGUUUGGACAAGAUUUCAGCGUUGAAAGGUCAGUUUGACCCUCCUGAAAACAUCAUCCUGAUGGGAAAGAUUGAAAUUUGGAGCGUCUUUUGGAUUUCACCACAAAUCAGGGAUGGGAAUACAAGAAUUGUGUGUUGUUGUUUUGUUUUGUUUUUAAAUAUUUUUAUUUUUAUUAUUACCAUCCAUGUGCAGACUGUUGACUGUCAGUUAGUAUUAACCAUAGCCUCUGUACAGCGAUAGCAGCCUCACACUGCUAACUGCUGGUCAGCCCACUCCCUGCUACUGUACGAGCCUGCGGCCACUUAUCGCUUGUGACAGCAUGUGCUGCUGAAUAGUGAUAUAGUUUGACAGGUAUUAGAUGUUAUCAUAUCACAUGUCUGUGGCAUGCUGCGCUUUGAUGCAGGGGUCUAAAAUAGGAAAGUUGUGUGCAAGAUCAGUAAUUCAUAACACUAUUUGUAUUAUAUCAUGCAGUUUUGCAGUGUAUUAAAAUGGCAUGCAAAAACCAUGUUUCUCUUACUGAGCUUCUGAUGGGGACUGCUGCUUGAAACAUGCUGUUCUGCUCUGUCCACUGAUAUCACAUUUUAGUUCAGCAGGUAUCUGCCAUUGUGCUCAGACACUCUUGUGCAAACAGGUUUGAACCUCAGCUUUUAGUCCUAGAGAUGUUCUUUCUUUCUUAUGCUUAUGGCAUAUGUAUUUUAAUGUCUUACAUUCCUGAUUGAUAGCUUUCUAAAAGAUGGGAGAUUAGAUCCUUUGUGCUGUUUACUAUAUUUUCUGAAUGUGCAGGGUGAACCCAUUGUUUGGAAAGAAAAAAGUGCAUCUUAUAAACAAGGACAAAUGUAGAAAUCUGUUUAUGAAAAUAAAGAAUAUAUUCACUACAAAAAA